CGCAGCUACAAUGGGCUUUCUUUGCUGAGCGAAGUUGAGUCAACAAGCCGGGAAACGCGCUCCUUGGAUUCAUGUGGCACCUUUACGCUCACAGCUUUCUUCUCUACUGCGCCGAGGGACUUUCAACUGAACUCGGUGGCGAUACAAAUCCGUUGUGCUUUGGGGGAUGUGUUUAUAGACUAUAGUUCAGUUUCAACCACCAAAAACGACCAGUCAUUAAGUAGUCUACCUGCGAAUCUGCUGCAGGAGGGGGGAGUUUUGCCAGCAAGCGGGACACUGCAGAGUACCUAAACAGUGAGGGAUCUGUACAGAAGUGAACGAUGCUCAGACUGGAGACCAUCAUUUGCACUUUUUCUGUGCUGUCUGUUGCGGCAAGAGCCGAAUUUAAAGCGAGGAAUUGCAGCGAGGUGAGGGAGGCUUCCAUCGCGAAAGGCUUUGGCUUCUCACAUGUUCCCCAUCAGGAGAUCCCAGGGACACAUCUUCGUGUAUGUCUUCAGGGAAACACAUGUUGCACCGAGGAAAUGGAGGACAGAUUUGGCCAACAGAGUAAACAAGACUUUGAGAAUCUGGUUGAUGAAAUGAGUCACACACUGAGAAGCACCUUUGUUUCGAGACAUAAAAGAUUUGAUGAAUUUUUCCUGGAGCUGCUGGAGAACACGGAGAGGUCCCUGCAUGACAUGUUUAUGAGGACUUACGGCAAGCCUUACAUGCAGAAUGCAGACGUCUUUGAGAACCUGUUUGCUGAACUGAAGCGCUAUUACACUGGAGGGAAUGUUAACCUAGAGGAAAUGCUUAAUGACUUUUGGUCACGGCUGCUGGAGCGUAUGUUCACACUGCUCAAUUCCCAGUAUGUCAUCACUGAGGACUAUCUGGAGUGUAUCAGUAAGUACACCGACCAGCUGAAGCCCUUUGGAGACGUGCCCAGGAAGCUCAAGGCUCAGGUUACCCGUGCAUUCAUCGCUGCACGCACAUUUGUCCAGGGGCUCUCCGUUGGCCGGGAGGUAGCCCAGAGAGUGUCUAAGGUUAGCAGCACUCCAGCAUGUAUUCGAGCAGUGACAAAGAUGCUGUAUUGCCCCUUUUGUCAGAGUAUGCCAGGAGUAAAGCCUUGUAAGAAUUACUGCCUGAAUGUCAUGAAGGGCUGCCUGGCCAAUCAAGCUGAUUUGGACCCAGAGUGGAACCAGUACAUCGAUGCCAUGCUGCUGGUGGCGCAGAGGCUAGAGGGACCUUUCAACAUUGAAUCUGUCAUGGGGCCUAUUGAUGUCAAGAUUUCAGAGGCCAUCAUGAAUAUGCAAGAUAACAGUGCCCAGGUCUCCUACAGGGUUUUUCAAGGCUGUGGUCAGCCAAAACCCGCAGGAAUCACUAGAUCUGCUCGUGGUGUUUCGGAUGUGUUCAACGCCCGCUUCAGGCCCUACAGCCCAGAGGAGAGGCCUACCACUGCAACUGGCACAAGCCUAGACAGACUGGUGGUUGACAUAAAAGAGAAACUAAAGGACUUCAAGAAAUUUUGGUCCAACCUGCCUGAGGCGAUGUGUGUAGAAGACAGAGUGACCGCUGGAAAUGCCAGCGAAGAGGAGUGCUGGAACGGACACACCAAGGGCAGGUACUUUCCUGAGGUCCAAAAGGAUGGCCUUACCAACCAGGUGAAUAACCCUGAAGUGGGUGUUGACAUCACACGCCCAGACACACUCAUCCGUCAGCAGAUCAUGGCUCUGAGGGUGAUGACUAACAAGCUGAAAAAUGCCUACAAUGGCAAUGAUAUCUACUUUCAAGACUCAAGCGAUGAAGGCAGUGGCUCGGGCAGUGGCAGCGGCUGCACAGAGGUCUGCCCCACAUACAUGGACGGUACGGCUGCGACUGAAAUCCCCGUGGUGAGAGCCGACCGGAGUGGGCCUGUGGAUAACUCUGCCCCGCUCUGUGCACCGUCUGUAGCACUGCCAACCAUGCUGGCCCUUUCAGCCUUGGCACUUCAGCGACAGUGGAGAUAAUGCUAGAGAAACAGGCUAAACAUGGACAGCAGGGGGUUUUUUUUCCUUUUUUUCCCUUUUUUUGCAGUUUUUUGUAUUCAGGCAGAUUGGAGCAGACAGCAUUCAGACUGCCAGCUUCAAGGCAAAAAGAGUCUGCUCUGAAAAAGAGGGCAGUCAAGCAUCAUGAGUUCCCACUUUCCCAAAGAUUGUGCAGUGCCAUCCUUAGACUUGAUAUGUUUUGGCAUCACUUCACCAUCUAACAGCGAUGCCACCCCUACUAACUCUGCUUCUGAGAUUUUAGUAAAGGUAUUAUUGUAGGUCUUAAUGUGGAAAAAUAUAACACGCACUUUGAUUGUUUUGAUUUUUUUUUUAAUUGCAAAAAAAAUAGUUUAUUGUGUGUUGGAAAAAAUGUUGAGAAUGUGGUCAUUUUAUACACGUAUUAUUUUUUUAAAGCAAAGGAUCCUUUGAUUUGAUCUGAACGGAACAUGUGGUUUUAACUGACACCUUAUUCCAUUGUCAUGAACUUAUGUGCCAAUUAUUCAUUUCUGAUGAGCGUAAUGCUGUCAUGUUUAUUUUUAGGUCAAAUGCAGCUUCUAAAUUGUGUUUCACAAUCAUUUUAACUGUGUCAUAUGGCAAGAUUGUAGUUAAACUAUGUCAUGGGUUGGUUAUGCAUCUGCACAGCUUUUAGCUAUUCUCUUAAAAACCUUUCAGCAGCUGCAUUGUGCUUAAAGUCACUGUUAGGGUUAAGAUGGACAUUUUAUAUACUAAUUUGCCUUGCAGCAAAUUCAUUAUGUGCAAAAAUAUUCUCAUAUCAAACUGGAUCCUUAGGCUUCAAGAGUAGAUAGCCUGGACAGAUUUAUUAUGGAGCAGUUACUCACAUUUAGAGAAGGUGCCGCUAAUAUAUGGGUUAUGCUGUCAAGGUAGAUGCUGCCUCUGCAGCGUUGUGGUGUGCAUGUCCUGGUAUAAAAUAUAUUUAUACCGUGUCAAAUAUUGUGAUUGAUAAUAUAAUUAGUAAGUUAAGGGUUGUACAAUGGGUCUCAUGCAACCACUAAAAUGUAAAAAUGCAAACUUGUCAGUAAAGGAAUAGUGCCUAAAACUAAUCAAAUACAAAUGUAAAAGAGGUGUUUAAGUGCUGCAUACAAGUGUUCUUCUCACAGCAAAGAGGAGGUCAUGUGAAGUCACUGAGAAGCAGGAUUAUCUUCUUUAACUGUGUAAAUUUUGCACUCGAAGACAAUUACUAUCAGUUAUUGGGCUGCUGUAACCUCGAUGUUAAUUUACAGUAACUGGGGCUUUUAGCAUUUUCAAAAAAUACUCUAGAAAUAUUUACAGGAUUUUGAGAUGAUUCAUUAAUACUGUAAAUGUUGUUUUUCCUCUUAUUUUUAAAGUUCAGUAACCAAAGCAUAUUCUGUGUGUAAUGAACA